GACGGGCUGAAAUCUGCUAAUGGUACAGGCCGGGGAGGGGAGAGGGCGGGCCUGUGGAGCUCAGAUGUUUAGUGUCCUGGGCAGUUUGAGGCUGCGCAGCUGUAGAGCUCAGUAAACACCGCCCCAGUCACCGAGGAGCAGUGCCGUGUUAUGGCUGACUCAAGCCUGCCCGCCAUGGUGUCCCCUGAUGACAGCCCUGAGAUCCGUGACAGGCCGAGACCCCGGCGCUGCUUGCUGCCAGCCUCGGUGACUGUGGAGCCGGUGAUUUUCCUGUCCAUGUUUGCUCUGGCUCUGCAGGGCCCUCUGGCUACACAAUACUUAUGGGACCGGCUCAGCGCUGACAUCGGAUUCAACGGGACUCGAACCGUGGGCUGCGCCAUGAAUGGCAGUAAGAGCGCAGGACCCGAGCAGCAGGAAGUGGAGACUCUUACCGCACACUGGAGCCUUUACAUAAACCUGGGCGGCUUCCUAGUUGGCCUUUUCUCUGUAAUGCUUCUGGGGCCAUGGAGUGACAAAGUGGGACGUCGGCCAGUGCUUAUGCUUCCAUGCAUCGGUCUUGCUCUGCAAGCUGCAGUCUACCUGCUAGUCAUGUACCAGGAGCUACACGUUGGCUACUUUUUAAUCGGACGCUUCAUCAGUGGUAUUAGCGGUGACUUUAACAUGAUCCUGGCUGGUUGUUUCGCUUAUAUAGCCGACGUCAGUGACCGGCAAUCACGCACUUUCCGCGUAGCUGUACUAGAAGCCUGCCUCGGGAUUGCUGGGAUGGUGGCUAGCAUCAUUGGUGGCCACUGGCGGAAAGCCCAGGGCUACAUCAACCCGUUCUGGCUGGUGUUUGCUGUAAAUCUGUUUACAGCACUUUAUGUUUAUUUCUGUGUGGAAGAAUCCGUAAAAGACAAGAAGCCAGCAAGACUUUUUACUCAUCGGCACUACCAGUCAUUUUUCCGCCUUUUUACAGUACAAGGGGAAAAUAAUCGAAGGAGGAAACUUUUCCUUUAUUCACUGGCCCUACUGGUAGUGGUGACUGUGCACAUGGGUGCCAAAAACCUAUUUGUGCUCUAUGAGCUCAGCUACCCUCUCUGCUGGGACUCUGACCUCAUUGGUUACGGUUCAGCGGCUGAGCAUCUGACCUACCUCAGCAGCCUGGCUGGGUUGCGUCUAUUCCAGUUGUGUUUGGCAGACAGCUGGGUGGCAGAGAUGGGGUUCAUAUCCAAUAUAUCCGGACUGGUGGUCAUCUCUUUGGCUUCUACUACUCCCAUCAUGUUUACAGGUUACGGCCUGAGAUUCUUUGCAAUGGCAACGACUCCAGUAAUCCGUUCCAAGCUGUCUAAAAUGGUAGAGGAGGGCGAACAAGGAGCGCUGUUUUCCUCCGUAGCAUGCGUGGAAGGGCUCUCCUUUUUGCUCGCCACAGGCUUGUUUAACUCUCUGUAUCCAGCCACACUGCACUUUAUGAAAGGUUUCCCUUUUCUCCUCGGGGCCUUGCUUUUGCUGAUCCCAGCAGGAAUCUUAGGGUUGAUAGAAGUCUGUGAGCAAAAACCAAUGUACAGUCAGUUCUCUGAAAUCUCUUGAAGUACAGUCUUGGAAAAAAGAACAGGAGCAAAUGGAUCUACGAGAAGUAAUAAAUCCUGAAGAGUGAACCUCGUGCUAAUGAACUCUAGUGCUUUAUCCAUUGUCCUUGUCGGCUUCACCUUAUUACUGACACUUUAAAUGUGCUGUCAUAAUCUUAAUGGAAACGUGUUCAAGAUGGAGAUAAACUGAUCCAUGAUCAGCAGCAAUGAUGCCGGUACACUCCCCCCAGCCUGUGUAUAGGCUGCUGGCUUGUGUUAAAUGUUGUUGUUAAUUCUGAGCUAAUGUGCCUCUCUGCAUUCCAUGUACACUCAUUCAUAGCAAUGUACGUAGUGGAGAGUAGAUCAGUAGCCACAUUGAUUUGUGCAGAUAUUUUCCAUUCCAGGACGUUGCAUUUGCACCUAUUUCCCUCCUCGUCUACAGCUGCGGUUAACUUUAUAACUUGAACAAACUGCCAAAAAUGUGAGCAUUUUGGUUAAUAAACCAAAAGAAAAAAAAAA